GCCUCAAGACUCUUUGUUGCAUUGAUUGGGGUGCUAGUGCUGCGUGACAGACUUCAUCUUGGAUUUGAGUGAAUCGUACAGUACACAAUUCAAAUACAGUGCUUCGAUAGGAUAAUAUUUCAUCAGUUCUAUCCCAAGAUUCCAAGAACCCUGGAGUUUCUGAAAGAUCAACGCUACGGUGCACCAGCAGAUCGUUCUGAAGGAUAAAAAUGGGCAAAUUCUGCUGUGUACCUGGUUGUAAUAACCGUGCUAAUCGUGAUAAAUUCGAUACCAAAGGCCAGACAAUUGGAUAUUUUCAAUUUCCACCUGAAAACGAUCCCCGUCGUGCCGUAUGGAUACGUAAUAUCAGACGCGAUCCUGGCCCAUACUUCAGCAUCUCAGGCACAACGUGCGUAUGUUCAAUGCACUUUGAGGAAGAGUACAUUGAACGCCUGGCCAUCUCCACCGGAUUCCGUCUCCGUCUCACCAAGGAAGCCAUUCCGACAAUAUUCAGCUGGAAUCAGAAGGAGGGCGGCGGUGACGACACUGAAGGCUACGCGCAUCCUGAACCGGAUUCCGACGAAAUGAACGGCGACGGGGAAGGCGACGACACGAACGGUGAUUAUGAGGAGAGCAAAGAAGCCAACGGCCAUGAUGAAGGCGGCGAAGGGCAGACACCCAGCAAGCGGAAGAUGAGUAAGCCCCAGCCCCGCGCCUCCAAAGCCGCCCGUACGGAUCAUGCCCACAGCAGUCCCCAGCGGUCGGUGGGUAAGGGGAAGUAUGCUGCCGGCGCCGGAGUGGCCAGGGAAUUCGGUUCCAAGGAGGAAUCCGACCAGGAGAUCGUCCGCCUGCGAACGGCGGUGCAGGUGUUUGAGAGGAAGUUCGCCGAGAUGUCACGAUUAGUGAAUGAACUGCGCUCGACAACGAUCAAAAUGCUGGGCGUCAUGUCAGCCGGAACGAAUCAGAGCAGCGGCGGGCAGUCGUAAUUUGCAGACUGAAUCCUUCACAUUGGCAGAAUUAAUAUAAUGGUAUCGCCAUUUUUUGUUGCUGCACUUGAGGAUCUUCCUGCAUAGCCUCAAUUGACGUUUAGCUUACGCAUAUGAUAAUCAGUUCCGAUACCUAAGAUCGCGAUCGUUUGCCUGUCGCCACCCUCUCAAAAGUGAUGUAGGGAAGGAGUCAGCGGUUAGUGGUUUUAAUUUGAUGCACGUGCUGUAUCAUCCUGGAGGGGCAUGUUUUCCUUUUUCUACUUCGAUAUUCAUUAAUCGUUGCGCUAUACGGGGACUGGACAAUAGGGAAAGCGGUUUUGAUAGCAUUAAAACGAUGCUAAUUCGAGUAUCUUGUAAGUUGAUCUUAUUUUCUGGAGUUAUGGGAUCGCCAUCUUGCACGUUUUGAUUAGUUACUUCGCUUUUUCUUACCUUUUUGUUGAACAUAGGGUAUAAUAUUCUGUUGUACAUGUAUAUAAUCCCAUUUAUUCGGACUCAUUGAGCCUACAUGAUGGGUAGUAUCCUUGUCUGUCAUUUCGGCUUACCAGUUCCGUAGGUUGAUAGAUGUUAGUGGGAAUUUUGACGCAUGUGGAUGGUUUUGCCUCAAGGAGUUGUUGUUUUGUUGAUGCUGGAAUCUCCUUUGUACUACGCUAUAAAAUUGUUAUGCUGCAGUUG